AUGUCAGAGAUGGAAAGCAUGGACCCGGAAGGAAUCGACUCAAUCCGGAUGACGUGGAACGUGUGGCCACGCAACAAAGUCGAAGCCAGCAAAUGCGUAAUCCCCGUGGCGGCCUGCAUCUCCCCGAUCCGCCCCCACCGCGACAUCCAAUCCGUCCCAUACGCACCUCUCCGCUGCCGAACCUGCUCCUCCGCACUCAACCCCUUCUCCCGAGUCGAUUUCACGGCCAAGAUCUGGAUCUGCCCAAUCUGUUUCCAGCGAAACCACUUCCCUCCCCACUACCACGUCAUCUCCGAGACCAAUCUCCCCUGCGAGCUUUACCCUCAGUACACGACCGUUGAGUACGCGAUGCCUAGCCCCUCUUCGGGGGGCGGGGGAUUGGAUCAGAUCGGUGCGGGGGUGUUUGUGUUUGUGUUGGACACGUGUAUGAUAGAGGAGGAGUUUGGGUAUGCGAAGUCGGCGGUUAGGCAGGCGGUUGGGUUGGUACCGGAGAAUGCGAUGGUUGGGUUUGUGACGUUUGGGAGGCAGGCGUGUGUGCAUGAGUUGGGGUAUUCGGAGUUGAGUAGAGUUUAUGUGUUUAGAGGGGAUAAGGAGAUUUCUAAAGAUCAGGUUUUGGAGCAGUUGGGGCUUGGGGUGGCUUCUGGGAGUGGGAGGAGAGGAGGUGGGCCCCAUGUUUCUGGUGGGAUGGGUUCUGGUGUUAGUAGGUUCUUGUUGCCUGCUUCUGACUGUGAAUUCACUAUUGAUUCUCUGUUGGAUGAGUUGCAGACGGAUCAGUGGCCUGUUCAGGCUGGACAACGACAGUCGAGGUGUACGGGAGUGGCGUUGAGUGUGGCUAUGGGAUUGCUUGGAGCUUGUUUACCUGGAACUGGGGCUAGGAUUGUGGCUUUAGUUGGAGGACCUUGCUCUGAAGGACCAGAUUGUGUCAAAGGAUCUAUCAGAACCUUUGCGUUCACAUAA